AUGGACAGCACAGUUCCGUCGCCGGCAUGCGACCGUGCACCAGCGCACGCGCAACCGGCUGAUGCUUUUUACCGUCUUGGAAUAGCCGGCGAACCCGAUCUUUUUUUACCUGGAGAACUUUACACUGUGUCUCUCCAGGGUGUAGACAGCGGCCAAGGACCAACACCUUUUGUGGGAUUUACGAUUUGGGCUGAAGUAGAUGAAGAGGCAGCGAACAUUGAUAAUAUUAAUCCUCAAGGCGUUAAUCAAAGUUUGGGGAUAAUUUGGAGUGCACCACAAGAAACGUCCGAAGCAUGUGUACGUUUGUGUGCCCGCGCGUCACCAGUGGGCGGUGGGCAGGGCUCAGUACUUGCGCGCAAGAUCUGCGCAGCUCCCACUGCGCCUGCCUCCUUUGCUAGGCAGCCGCCUAUAAUCGAACCAUGUUGCGCUUGUGAUGAGGCUAAGUACGAGAGCGAUCACAUUCGUACUAUCAUAAAAGCGCGCGGGAUAUCGUGGCAGCAAGUCGCCGGUUCCGGUACGCCCAACACCUUCGCGGUGUUCAGGGUGGAUUCUAAAAACCACCUGGUGUCGCUAGCGUCGAAGCUGUCGCCAUCACCAGACUGGAUCGUGGGUGUGUCAGCGUUGGAGCUAUGUAAUGCCAACUGCACAUGGUCGAACUCGGCAACUUUGUCGCUAUAUCCCUAUGAUGCUGGCACUGACAGCGGGAUUACUUAUGUUUCGCGUCGCCAGCCAACUCUGCCUCCAGCGCCCGUGCGUGCUCUACGUCCUGACUGGCCCAAAGACCCGCGGUCGCCGUUUUUCAGCACCAGCGGAGAGAUGCGCCCUUAUGCAAGACUACGGCUUAAUCGAUUACAACUUUUCGAAAAGAAUUGCGAUGCUGCGAAGUCAGGCAGCGAGUCAAGUCCCGAUCAGUCUAGUGGGAGCGGGGGCGGGGCAUGCGCGACCCACGCGUGGGCUCCGUGGGGUCCGUGCAGCGUGACGUGCGGCGUGGGGCGCGCUUCCAGGCAACGCCAGUACGUGUGGCCGACUCGUGCCCACGCCGAAGCGUGCCGCGUGCCCCUCACUGAUUACACGAGGUGCCACGGGCCAAGGCUACAUUGCAGUGCACGUCCCCUCGCCGAACAGAGCAAUAUCGGACUUCGAGCCGGAAGCGUCUCUGUCGACGGGUCCAUGCGCGUUAUCCGCGUGGUCGGCGUGGUCAGCGUGCGAGGGGUGUGGCGUGCGGGCGCGCACGCGGCAUUAUCUGGUGCCGCGCGCGCACAAGCGCUGCCACCAGGGGAUCAGCCUAGCUGGCCUUGUAAAGUGACACCGUGGGGUGAUUGGUCGCCAUGUUCGUCUCGUUGUGGGCGCGGUCGUCGUUUGCGUACGCGAUUGUACCUUGCACAAGAUUUGCGAGCGCAACCAGAGUUAUCGCGAAGGUUACUCCACCAAUGGAAUAAGAGAUUUGCUGAACUUCAAAAGCUAGAUUUCCCGUCAGAAAAUUUCACAUCUGCUGAUCCAGAAAUCGAGGAGCUUGUUCAAGAUCAACUGAACAAGUGUCAGUUUACUCUUUCUCAACAAGAAGCACUAUGUGAUGGAGAUGACGUCUCUUGUGUGGACGUUGAAAAGCCACAUGUUUCUACUGUGCAUUCUGAAGUCGUUACAAAAAAGAUGAAGCCGACACCUCCCACCGAAAAUAACGAAGUUUUGCAAAAUGAUGAACCAGGUAAAAUAAUAUAA